AUGGGCGACGACUUCAUGGACGACGACGAGGAUUACGGUUUUGAAUACGAAGAUGACAGCGGAAGCGAACCUGACGUUGACCUUGAAAAUCAGUAUUACACCGCUAAAGGUCUGAAAAGUGAGGGGAAGAUCAACGAAGCCAUAGCGAAUUUCGAGAAGGCAAGAUUUGUGCUCAAUUUGGAGCAGGAAAUGGGCGAGUGGGGAUUCAAAGCUUUGAAGCAAAUGGUCAAGAUCACCUUCAACACCAAUCAAUUCGAAGCGAUGUUGGAAUAUUAUCAGAAGCUUUUGAAGUACAUAAAAACAGCUGUAACGAAAAAUUAUUCGGAAAAGUCUAUAAAUGCCAUUCUGGAUUACAUAUCCACUUCAAAGCAGAUGGAUUUAUUACAGAAAUUCUAUGAAACAACAUUAGACGCUUUGAAGGAUGCGAAGAAUGAACGUUUGUGGUUCAAAACCAAUACCAAACUUGGGAAGCUGUAUUUUGAUAUGCGCGAAUUCAACAAGCUCGAGAAGAUUUUGAAGCAGUUGAAGAGUUCAUGUAAAACAGAGUUAGGAGAGGAGGAUCAGAAGAAGGGAACUCAGUUGUUGGAAAUUUAUGCAUUGGAAAUUCAAAUGUACACCGAACAGAAAAACAACAAGGCUUUGAAAAAAUUGUACGAGCAAGCUCAACAGGCUAUUCAAUCAAAAUCUGCCAUUCCUCACCCGCUGAUACUUGGUGUCAUUCGAGGCAAGUGCACUGGAUGCAGCUUUAAACCCAUGUUUUCAGAGUGCGGUGGCAAAAUGCACCUCCGUGAAGGGCAAUUCGACCGUGCUCAUACAGAUUUCUUCGAAGCGUUCAAGAACUACGACGAAAGUGGAUCACCGCGACGAAUUACCUGUUUGAAAUAUCUGGUAUUGGCCAAUAUGCUAAUUAAAUCCGACAUAAAUCCUUUUGAUAGCCAAGAAGCUAAACCUUUCAAGAAUGAGCAAGAGAUCGUUGCAAUGACCGCCAUGGUGUCUGCUUACCAAGAGAAUGACAUCGACGAAUUUCAACGAAUAUUGGAAAAUAAUCGUGAAAGUAUCAUGCAGGAUCCCUUCAUUCGUGAACAUAUAGAGGAACUCUUGACUAAUAUUCGAACACAGGUCUUGUUGCGGUUGAUUAAGCCGUAUACCAGAAUAAGGCUUCAGUAUCUUUCACAACAAUUACGAGUAUCCAUCGCGGAGGUGAAACGGCUACUGGUGGAUACAAUACUUGAUGAAAGUGAGUGA